CGAGGCGUGAAGAAGGAGCUGAACAAUGAGAUCCUGGGCCCCGUGGUCCAGUACCUGGGGGUGCCCUACGCCACGCCGCCCGUGGGCGGCCGCCGCUUCCAGCCCCCCGAGGCCCCCGCCUCCUGGCCGGGGGUCCGCAACGCCACGGCCUUCGCCCCCGUCUGCCCUCAGAACCUGCACGGCGUGCUGCCCGCCAUCAUGCUGCCCGUCUGGUUCACCGACAACCUGGAGGUGGCGGCCGGCUACGUGCAGAACCAGAGCGAAGACUGCCUCUACCUCAACCUCUACGUGCCCACCGAGGACGGUCGGCUCCCCAAAUCCCGUGACGAGUCGACGCUCAAUCCACCCCAGCCAGACGCAGACAUCCGGGACUCCGGGAAGAAGCCGGUGAUGCUCUUCCUCCACGGAGGCUCCUACAUGGAGGGGACCGGGAACAUGUUCGACGGCUCCGUCCUCGCCGCCUACGGCAAUGUCAUCGUCGUCACCCUCAACUACCGGCUCGGCGUGCUCGGCUUCCUGAGCACAGGGGACCAGGCGGCCAAGGGGAAUUACGGGCUCCUGGACCAGAUCCAGGCCCUGCGCUGGCUCAGCGAGAACGUGGGACACUUCGGCGGGGAUCCCGAGCGCAUCACCAUCUUUGGCUCCGGGGCGGGCGCCUCUUGCGUCAACCUCCUCAUCCUCUCUCACCACUCGGAAGGCCUGUUCCAGAAAGCCAUCGCGCAGAGCGGCACUGCCAUCUCCAGCUGGUCCGUCAACUACCAGCCGCUCAAGUACACCCGGCUGCUGGCCGCCAAGGUCGGCUGCGACUACGCGGACAGCGCCGAGGCCGUGGAGUGUCUGAGGCGCAAGUCCUCGCGGGAGCUGGUGGACCAGGACGUCCAGCCCGCCCGGUACCACAUCGCCUUCGGGCCGGUGGUGGACGGGGACGUGGUCCCGGACGACCCGGAGAUCCUGAUGCAGCAGGGCGAGUUCCUGAACUACGACAUGCUGAUCGGCGUGAACCAGGGCGAGGGGCUCAAGUUCGUGGAGGACUCGGUGGAGAGCGAGGACGGCAUCUCGGCCAGCUACUUCGACUUCACCGUGUCCAACUUCGUGGACAACCUGUACGGCUACCCCGAGGGCAAAGACAUCCUGCGGGAGACCAUCAAGUUCAUGUACACGGACUGGGCCGACCGCGACAACGGCGAGACGCGGCGGAAGACCCUGCUGGCCCUCUUCACGGACCACCAAUGGGUGGCACCGGCCGUGGCCACCGCCAAGCUCCACGCCGACUACCAGUCGCCCGUCUACUUCUACACCUUCUAUCACCACUGCCAGGCCGAGGGGCGGCCCGAGUGGGCGGACGCCGCCCACGGGGACGAGCUCCCCUACGUCUUCGGGGUCCCCAUGGUGGGGGCCACCGACCUCUUCCCCUGCAACUUCUCCAAGAACGACGUCAUGCUCAGCGCCGUGGUCAUGACCUACUGGACCAACUUCGCCAAGACCGGGGACCCCAACCAGCCGGUCCCCCAGGACACCAAGUUCAUCCACACGAAGCCGAACCGUUUCGAGGAGGUGGUGUGGGCCAAGUUCAACAGCAAGGACAAGCAGUACCUGCACAUCGGGCUCAAGCCGCGCGUCCGCGACAACUACCGGGCCAACAAGGUGGCCUUCUGGCUGGAGCUGGUCCCGCACCUGCACAACCUCCACGCCGACAUCUUCACCACCACCACCCGCCAGCCGCCCCAUGCCACCCGCUGGCCGCCCCGGCCCGGGGGGCCCCCGGCCCCGGCCGCCACCCGCCGGGCCCCGGCCCCGACUCCGGCCCCGGCCCCGGAGCCCGAGCCGGGCCUGGGCCCCCGGGCCUACGACCGCUUCCCCGGCGACACGCGGGACUACUCGGCCGAGCUGAGCGUCACCGUGGCCGUGGGCGCCUCCCUCCUCUUCCUCAACAUCCUGGCCUUCGCCGCCCUCUACUACAAGCGGGAUCGGCGGCACGAGCUCCGGCGUCGCCUCAGCCCGCCGGGGGCCGGGGCCGGGGGGCCCCCCGGGUCGGGCCCGCUCCCCGCCGCCCCCCACGAGCUGCUGGGGGCCGGGGCCGAGGAGGAGCUGGUGUCGCUGCAGCUGAAGCGGGGGGCCGCGGGGGCGGCCGGGGACCCCGGGGAGGGCCUGCGCCCGGCCUGCCCGCCCGACUACACCCUGGCGCUGCGCCGGGCCCCCGACGACGUGCCCCUGCUGGCCCCCGGCGCCAUCACGCUGCUGCCCGCCGGCCUGGGGCCUCCGCCGCCGGGCCUGCACCCCUUCGGCCCUUUCCCGCCGCCCCCGCCCCCGCCCGCCGGCCACAACAACACGCUGCCCCACCCCCACUCCACCACCCGGGUAUAG